AUGAUGAGCAAUUUCACCUAUUUUUUACUGGUGUUUUCAGUAACUGUGCUGUACUCUAUCACAUUUGGCCUCUGUGCAAUUCGAACGAACAAGCUUAAAAGAUUCUCCGAGGACUGAAAGCAAACAAAAGUAUUUUAUAUCACGAUUAUGGCUCAAGCAUUUAUGCGAUUCGUCACAUAUGCUCUGCUAACUUGGACAUUGCCAAGAAGUGAGACCAAGAACGAGUCUUUGUUUUUACUAGUUUCAGUCCCUGAUUGUUUAUUUAUUGUAUCCUAUGUACUUUUAGCCCAUCAGAUGGUAAGUGUUUUUUACUACACUCAUAUGGAAAACGACAUUCAACUGUCACUUAUCAUUCAUUUUACUAGGCCUAAACACAAAUCAGUUAGCAAGUUCAUUGCCUAUACCAUUUCUGCAUGGCUUUCAGUAGAAGUCCUGUUUUUUACACUAUAUUUUUCAGAUGUCCUAAGGCAGGUUGAUAUCGAGCUUGAGCUUGCACUGGUAAACAUAUUAAGUGCAACGAUUUUAAUGCUCAUUUUGCUGUAUCUUUAUAUUAAUUAUUCAGGAACGCCUUUUAAGUCUGACGCUUCUAAAGACAAACUCCAAAGAAUUACACUGGUGACUUUAUUGUGAACUUUAGGUCGCUACAUAAAUGGUGUUUUGGUGCUUAUAGAUAUAAAUUCUGCUGGAUUUGUGACCGAAAUUUAUGAUGAGAGGUCAACAUAUGUCACAGCUUGUUUGGCAGUGGCAGAUUUAGUUAUAAGCGAAGUGUGCUGCUUUUUAACAGUUAUCGAGUAUAGGUUUAUGGAGAUCUUUUCCUAUGCAGGAGAAGAUGAUCGAAAUAGGAUAUCAGCUGAGGUGUUUACACAUCCUGCUAAAGCAAUCUCACUGAGUGAUGAUACUGCGACUUUAUCGGAGUCUUUAAUAAACCCAAACCCUUUUAUUGAUGCCUCUGAAAUCACUGUAUCUACAAAAAUUGGAGCAAGGCAAAAUGGUUUAGGAGAGUUGUAUAAGUGUUUAUAUAAAGGAAAAGAGCUUCUCUAUAGAAAAAUCAGUUUUCCAAGGAUGAGCGGGUAUGUUUUAGAAGAGUUCAAUUCAGAAAUUAUCAAUUUAAAAUCCAUUGAUUCUGGGUAUAUGGUACCAUUUCAUGGAGCUAGUUUUAAUCUUCCAUCAAUCGGAAUAAUAACAGCUUAUAUGCCAAACGGCUCACUGUAUUUCAAUUUGCAUGAAAUUAAAACAAGAUUCACUAUCCAAGAAAAAGGGAAAAUUAUUAUGGAAUUGGCGCAGGGGCUUAGGGAACUACACUCUUUGGGCAGAGUCCAUGGGCAUUUGUCUUCACAUAACUUAGUUUUAGACUCCCAACAAAAAGUAAAGAUAAGUGACCUUGGGCUGGAAAAAAUAAAAAAAUAUGCUGGAGUAGUUAUAAGCUACCAAAAUAAAAAUGCCUGAAGCAGUCCUGAGCUGCUGAGAGAAGCUUCUAGGACUUGUGUCAGAGCAAAGCCAACUGACGAUAUCUAUUCGUUUGGGGUUAUUGUAUGAGAGAUAAUCACCGAAGAAAUUCCAUAUGAAGGUCUUAACUAUUCAAAAAUGCAGCAAAGUGUAGGCCACGAAGGAGCCACUCCUAUUAUAGGCUCCUCAUUCCCAUCAGAUCUCUCCAAACUUGUGAAAUCCUGCUGGUCCGUCGAAACUGAAAAAAGGCCAAACUUCAAAACUAUCUGUUCCACCCUGUCUUCAAUAAAAUGGAAAUAA